AUGUUACUUCGUGGAAUUAGACCAAUUCGCUCCAAAGCCACGGGUUUGCCGUUACAACCGUUCAUUGCUUUGAAUACUCGAAGAUUUAAUAGCACAAAACUGAAGCCACAGAAUAGCAAGCCUGCUCUCGAUCCCAAAAAUGCAGUUCAGGUAUCCAAGGAAGUGGUAAAGCUGCCAUUAUGGACAAGAGUAAAAAAGGAACUUCAUCACUACUGGGAUGGUACCAAGUUAUUGGGACUAGAAAUCAAAAUAUCGUCCAGACUUCUUAUAAAGAUGUCUGGUGGUUAUGCUCUGACACGUAGAGAAAUGAUUCAACUGAAGAGAACUACUCAAGAUAUUGUAAGGUUGGUUCCCUUUGCAGCAUUCAUUCUUAUUCCGUUUGCUGAGUUACUGCUUCCAGUGGCUUUAAAAUUGUUCCCAAAUUUACUACCUUCUACUUACGAAUCGAAAAAGGAUAAGGAAUCAAAGAUUGCAAGUUUGAAAAAGACUAGAGAGGUGAUGUCUGGUAUCAUUAAGGAGAAUAAAGUUCAUUUCAAGCCGAAUGACAUAACGGAUGAACAAAAGGCUGUUUUCAAUAGCUUUUAUAAACACGUACGUGAAACAGGUGAACCAGAAUCUAGGGAACAGUUAAUUACAGUUGCCAAGUUAUUUACUGAUGAUACUGUACUAGAUAAUCUUACCAGACCUUACUUAGUUGCGAUGGCCAAAUAUAUGAACUUGCAACCCUUUGGUACGGAUGUUAUGUUACGUUAUCGUAUCAGAUAUAAGAUGUUAGAUUUGAAGAAAGAUGAUUUAUCGAUAUAUUAUGAAGAUGCAGAACAAUUAGAAUCCACUGAAUUGCGUAGUGCGGCUGCAUCUAGAGGUAUCAGAAUUUCCAAUGUUACUGAUGAGAGGUUAAGAUCUAAUUUGAGAAUUUGGUUAAAUAUGAGGUUAAAGGAUAAGAUUCCUUCCACGUUAUUGAUUAUGGCGACUGCCUAUAAUUUUGGUGAUGUCAAUUCCAAGAAGUCAUUAUAUGAUGCUCUUUGUGAUGUCUUAAGUGGUAUUCCAGAUGAAUUAUAUCACGAAGUUAAGGUCAAUGUGGUGAAGGAAGCAGACGUUACACCCAAGCAGAAGCUUGUUCAACUGAAGGAACAAGUGGAGAUUAUGCAAGAAGAGGAACAACAAGAAGAAGGUGCAAUUGUUAGAGUAAAAGACGAGCUAAGUCUAGAUGAUUUGGAUAAGAAACACCAAGAACAAGUAGAAACGGUGCAAACGAAACCAGAAGACAACAAAGCUGACAUUAAAACAAAAACUCAAGAUAUUACUGAGGAAAAAUCUAAAAAGAACAUGUAA